AUGGUACUAGUAGAACCGAAGGUAGACCUUUCAUCGCUCUCGCUUUUCCGCGCGACUCGUGCACAGGUUGAGGAGACAUGGCGCCGGACGUGGCCGCAAUGGGGUGGCGCUCUGAGUCUCACCGAGUACCUCGCGCGGGAGGCGGAGAUGGAAUGUAUGGAUCACGCAAAGGAGGGAAAGUUGGUCAUCUGGGUACUGGCGCCACGAGACGACCCCACGACACUUGAUUUCAUGUGUGCUUGUGAGACAUACAAGCGCGCGGGUCUUGUCGCUUACCCCUCUUCCUCCACCUCUGAGCCCAACUCGCGCGGGCGCGGCUACGCAGGUCAUAUGAUGCACCUCUUGCAUUGGGUCAUCGCCCCGCGUGUCAAUCUUCCUAAAUUUCCGGAGGCAUGGGGUGCACCACCGGAAGAGGUAGCGGAGUCUGGUGAGGGACUGUUUUCGGGGCUAUACAGUGAUGUCGGGGAGGAUUUUUACCACUCGGCAGGCCCUGGGGGUAAAGGGGGUGGAUGGGAGACGCGGGAAGCGGUUUCGACUAUUUGGGAGGUGGGCAUGGAGGAGGGAGAUGACACUGGAUGGACAUGGUUGAUGCAGGAGCAGCUGAAGGAACUUUGGAACCGCGAUGCCAGGCGCAUUAAAAAGGAGCUGGCAAACAUGCCAGUGAGUGACACUUCAUACGAGUUGGAGCACCCGACAGCAUUCGUAACGUACCUGCCAACAAACGGUGUCUGCGGGUUCCACAUCCCACGGUCAACGUGGGUCUCGAAUCUUUCCAUGGCAGGCGGAUUCUGGGGUGUACAGUCCUCAAGUAGCCCGGAUACAUAUGCAAGCUGGAGCAUUGACUUUAGACCUCCCCCACCAACGCUGAUCGUCACGCGGCUCUGUGCCCGUGAAGAGACGUUCCCCGGGCUGAUCGCGAAGAUCAAACAGGCAGCUAGACGAAGCGGAAUAAAGAAAGUGGAGGUGUGGAACUUGAGAGGAGGGUUAAGGGACGUUGCGGAGAGGACGGGUGGACGGACGUUCAUACGAAACGAACAUUUGCCACAGAUAAUGUGGUAUGGACCUGGAGCGACGGGGAGUAUAGAGUGGGUGUAUAAUGAGAAGUUCGGCUGGUGCUGA